AUGGCCUUACGGGUACUGACCCGCACUCUGGGUUCCCUGAGCCUGGCACCCCCGGCCGCCUCCACCCCCGCCCAGAACCUCCUCCCCGCCGCCCAGGUGAUACGCAAUGCCUUCCUCCAGCCACUCUUUGCCUCGAAGUUGCUCCCCUGCCGCCCAGUCCUUACCUUUGUGGCCCUUAAUGCCAAGUUUGUAUCCUGGAAGAGUCAUACCAAGUAUACCGUUACACCAGUGAAGAUGAAGAAGUCUGGGGGCCGAGACCACACAGGCCGCAUCCAAGUGCAUGGCAUCGGCGGGGGCCACAAGCAGCGUUACCGAAUGAUUGAUUUUCUGCGAUUCCGGCCCGAGCAGGAGGCCAUGCGAGGACCUUUUGAGGAGAAGGUCAUUGUUGUCCGCUAUGAUCCCUGUAGGUCAGCACACAUAGCUCUGGUUGCUGGGGGCAGCCGGAAGCGCUGGAUCAUUGCCACAGAAAACAUGAAGGCUGGAGAUGUAAUCCUCAACUCUGACCACAUAGGCCAAAUGGCAGUUGCUGCUCAGGAAGGGGAUGCACAUCCCCUCGGAGCCCUGCCCGUGGGUACUCUCAUCAACAACGUAGAGAGUGAGCCAGGCCGGGGGGCCCAGUAUAUCAGAGCUGCAGGGACAUGUGGUGUGCUGCUGCGGAAGAUGAAUGGGACGGCCAUCAUCCAGCUGCCCUCUAAGAGGCAGAUGCAGGUGCUGGAAACGUGCAUGGCAACAGUGGGCCGGGUAUCCAAUGUUGACCAUGACAAAAGGGUCAUCGGCAAGGCUGGGCGGAACCGCUGGCUGGGCAAGAGGCCUUCCAGCGGGCUGUGGCACCGCAAGGGGGGCUGGGCUGGCCGAAAGAUUCGGCCCCUGCCCCCUAUGAAGAGUUAUGUAAAGCUGCCCUCAGCUGCUGCGCAAAGCUGAUAUUCCUGAACUGUAAUAAAAUG